CACCUCUAUCUGAAUUUUAAAUCAAGUUUGACAUAGGACACUGAUAACCUCAAUUUGAUAAUCUUAUUUAUUUUUCAAUUUAGUAAUCUUACAUUUUCAUUAAUAAUAACUUCUACUAACUAACUAGAAUUCUAAUAGUUCAGAUAGAAUGAGAUGAAAUAUAUCACUGGCAAUUUUGAAAAUUGAGAUAGAAGAUAAAAACACUGGAAAAAAAGAAUACUUAUCUGCAGAAAUUAGAAUUCUUUAGCUAGUAAAUACACGUUUGGAAUAAAAUAAUUUCGUCAUAAUCCAAUAGAGAAGGAGAAGGAUAUGACGGAAGAGAACGCGAUGAUGUCUAAAUCAAAAGACGAAGACACAGAGGGCAGAGAUAUGGAUAUGAAAUGUUAUUUCAACAACGCAAUGCCUGCGAUCUUUGAUGAAGUCGUCUUGCCUACAAGAUCCGACUUCUUCGAUGUACAAUCAAUUCCUGUAGGUCUAGUUUCAGACUACGGUCCUUUUUCUGAUGUCGCAUCAACGAGCUCAUUCGAUACAGAUACUCUGCGAACUUCUACGCCUUUGCUGCUGGACGCGACGAUUGAUCGAGUAGAGCACAACGCGUUGAGCGACGCACAUCGAGAUGCCUGGAUACCAUCGGAUCAUACGCGAAAGAUACUACGCUCUAUCGCGACCUCCACAGCUGGCGCCAAUCACCUGGAUCGUGAGAAUCUCACUAUGCCUGGACUGGCCGUACAGGGCGAUAUGCCAGAUUUGAUCAAGAAUGCAUCUAUCCACUUUUUGGGCGAGGAUGAGAACAUCCAUCGAAAUGUGCUCACAGCAUCUGAUGUGACACAAGAUGAACGCGGUUUGAGGAAUCUGAUACAAGCCGGUUGCUACCGAGCGGCGGUCAAUCUGUCUGGCCGACUAUUAGCUAUCUAUGCCCAAGGCUAUGGCAAGAUUAAUCAACCUAGCAAACAUACCCCUCAUUCUUUACAGCUCUGGUAUACGAGACUCUCGCUGUUGGUCAAAUUGAGGCAGAUGGAUGUAUUAGAAAACGAAUCGAAGCCGUUCGGUAAUCUCGAUAAACCCGACAUGUAUUUCACCUUCUAUCCAGAAUUGUACGGCACCAGACCAGGAUCUAUGGCAUCGUUUGCUUUCAGAUUAUUGUUGGCAGAGAUUCCCUCGUAUUACGAUAAAGCGAAACAAGCGUUAGAUAAUUUGUAUAAACUUUUAGCGACCGUCCAUCAGAUUAUAGCCAAUUUCCAUGCCGGUCUUAGCGGUGAAGGAACACACGUGAAGAUCAGUGAAUCUGAUCAGCGCGAGGCCGUAAAACUGUGGACAGCCAGAAAAUCCAGGAUCCUUAUUUCCAUUGUUAAUUGUGCCAUUGGUAUGAGAAAUUAUAUUCUUGCGAUAGAGAUACUGGAAGAUCUAUGUAAGCUACCUGAUUGGACUACAGAGCAGCUAGGUAUUUUGAAAUCGGCCAUAGGAAGGGUGCAUUUGUUCCUCGGCGACGUCUCGGCGGCGGAAAAGUUUCUCGUUCGCAGUAAUAAGGAAGAGAAGACAACGAGUGUCCGAGAAUUGGUGGACAGCGGAUUAAUGGCAGUUGCACAAAAUGCCUUUCAAGAAGCCUACAACUACUUUCAAUCGGCAUCGACGAUGGAUCCGUCCAAUGUAAUGUUGACUAAUAACAUGGCAGUGUGUUUGUUGUAUACUGGCCAAUUGAAAGCAGCUGUGUGGUUGUUUGAGAGCGUCGUCAAUAGAAAUCCUUUGAGAAGUCUGCAAGAGCCCAUUUUAUUGAACAUGUGUACAUCGUACGAGUUACAUACGACGCAUUGCAAGCAACCGAAAUUGCAUCUAUUGCGGCAGCUAAAUAGAUACAAGGGUGACGCAGCCGAUAUUCAGUGUCUAAAAUUAGCUAUGUAACAUUAGUCAUGAAUAUUGUCACUGUUAAUGUUAAUGUUACAUCUUGAGACCUGAGCUCGUUAUUCUCUUGGAGAGAGAAAAUAAAUUAUAAAUUUGGUUAUCUAGUUAAUUAAAAUGUGUAUUAAAAUAUGUACAAAUAUAAUAGGAUUGUAAGCUUUAGUACAACAGUAAUUUUCUUUA